GUUUCUCAUACAUACUUAACAGCCGAUUUCAAGUUUACAUUUUAUAUGUACACUACUGUGACUAGCUAAACUAACGGGGGGUACAUAAAAGUAUAUUUCUACGCUAUUGCUUUAGAAGGAAAAACGGUUUCUGGGGUAAAAUGAAUGCCAGUUCUGAGCCAAAUUGUGCGUUGCGCCUUUAAGACUGUUGAUUCAUUCAGAGUGGGACUGGUUUCAAAUGACGCCAUCCUUUUAUUUUUAUCCCGAUGACCUCAUCUCUUGGUUGAAGUUUAGUGAUCAGUAAACCUUUUUUCCUUUCAGUUUAUUAUUUUUUUUUGUAUAUUCAUUUUUGUUUAUUUGCCCCCCUCCCGACCAUAAGGACGCGAUGAGGAGACGCACUUUGGAGGCCGCCGGGCUUUUACAAUAACCACUCGAGCAUGAAGAGCUGGGGGUUUGGGAUGAUGUCAUCUCCAUAGAGCUCAGGGAAGAAAAGCCCUCCUUUGUGCAAGCCCCCGUCAGCGCGAAAGAGUUCCCGCUUCCCCUGCACGAGCCUCCUCUCCCAGCAGCAUCUGGACGCUGCGGACUUGAGACCUAGGCGCGCGCACACACAGACACGCACGCACGCACGGACACACGGACACUGAGAGGACCAGCAGUUUGGGGUCUGCUCCUCUCUCGGUAAGACUGCUAGACAUCACCCACAGGACGACUUGCCCAGCCAAGAAAAUGUGGUGCUUUUCCCCCUGAGGACCCUCCUGUGGGGGCGAGGACGUAGGGGUGAUGUCGGGGCAUCCCGUGGGAGGAGGUGUGCGGCCCAUUGGGCCGGAGGGCCUGGUGGCCCUGCUGGAGGGCAGGCUGGACAGCGUGCUGCUCAUAGAUAGCCGGCCGUUCGUGGACUAUAACACCUGGCACAUCCUGGAGGCCGUCAACGUCAACUGCUCCAAGCUGGUGAAGAGGAGGCUGCAGCAGGACAAAGUGCAGAUCACAGAGCUCAUCCAGCACUCAGCCAAGAAGAAGCUGGAGCCCCAGCGGGGGCAGGAGGUGGUGGUCUACGAUCAGAGCUCCCGGGACCCCAGUGCUCUGUCCUCAGAGGCUUUCAUCUCUGUGCUCCUGUCCAAACUGGAGCAGAACUUCCCUUCUGUGCACCUACUCUCAGGUGGCUUUGCAGAGUUCUCACACCUCUUCCCGGGCCUCUGUGAGGGCAAGUCAGCGCUGGUGCCCUCCUGCAUCUCCCAGCCGUGCCUGCCUGUGGCCAACGUGGGCCCCACCAGAAUCCUGCCCCAUCUUUACUUGGGCUGCCAACGUGACGUACUCAAUAAGGAGCUGAUGCAACAGAAUGACAUCGCCUAUGUCCUCAAUGCCAGUAACACGUGCCCAAAGCCCGACUUCAUUCCUGAGUCACACUUCCUGCGUGUGCCUGUCAAUGACAGCUUCUGCGAGAAGAUCCUACCCUGGCUCGACAAGUCUGUGGAAUUUAUAGAGAAAGCAAAAGCCUCCAAUGCCAGAGUCCUGGUCCACUGCCUUGCAGGAAUCUCACGGUCGGCCACCAUAGCCAUUGCGUACAUCAUGAAGAGGAUGGACAUGUCUUUGGAUGAGGCAUAUAGGUUUGUGAAGGAGAAAAGGCCCACCAUUUCCCCAAAUUUCAAUUUCCUGGGUCAGCUCCUAGAUUUUGAGAAGAAGAUCAAGUCUCCCCCUGGGCAACUCACAACUAAGCUGAAGCUGAUGCAUCCAGACAAGAUGAGCGAUUCCCUCUCGGGACCAGAGGGAGGAGUCAUUUGCGGAUCCCUGGGGCUACCUUUAGCAUGUAGCCAUUUAAGGGAAAGCAGUGACCCUCAGCAGCCAGAAACUCUGACCCUGCCCUGCAUCCUGGCAGAUGCCCUGUCUCCGUGCAGGGCAGGGGAGAGGACCCUAGCACAGGGCUUGGAGAGCUUGCAUCUGGGGUCAACCCUUGAUGGCACAGAGGAAAACGCCAAACUUAAACGCUCCUUUUCCCUGGACAUUAAGUCCUAUGGGGGUUCUGGCACUAGCCUGCUGGGUCUUGGCCCAGCUGAGGAUGCUAGCGAGUUCUACAAGUCCUCUGCCUUCAAGGAAUCAGCAAGUAAGCCCUGCCAGUUCUCUCCCGUGGAAGAGGUGUCCGAGCAGUCCACCCCCGAACAGAGUCCUGACAGAGAGAAGGUGGAUGCUGUCGUCCAGAGUAUAGAUCCAGGCAGCAUCAGCACCAUCUCUUGCCCCAGCACUGGCAUAAACUCCAGCCCCAGGCAUUCAAGUCGGUGUGAGCAUCCACCCCAAACACAACAUCACUCCUUGUACCGCAGUGGCAGCAUGGAGGACAGCCCCAAGGCCACCAACUUCCUGUUUGGUCUCUCGAGCAGCCAGCAGCACCUAGCCAAGCCAGGCUUGGGGGCAGCCCUUAAGGGCUGGCACUCGGACAUCCUUGCCCCAGCCGCUACCGCCUCCCCGUCACUGGCGGGCAGCUGGUACUUCUCAGAGUCCACCCGCUUCUACUCCGCUUCCGCCGUGUUCAGUGGAGGCGGAGCAGGCUUCUCUGCCUACGGCUGCAGUGCCGGCUUGGAGGCGGUGCGGCGGCGGCAAAAGAACGGGGACCGUGGCGACUCACGCCGCAGCUGGCACGAAGAGAGCCCCUUUGAGAAGCAGCUGAAACGACGGAGCUGCCAGAUGGAGUUUGGGGACGGUAUGGCGGAGAGCCGAUCCAGGGAGGAGCUGGGCAAGGUGGGCAGCCAGACCAGCUUCUCUGGCAGCAUGGAGAUCAUUGAGGUGUCCUGAAUGGGCUCCGGGUCUUAAUGAGAUCUUCGUUUAGUCCAACCCAAGUCGUGCUCCUUUGAAGUUCUUUCUGUGUAGGCAGUAACUGGGUUUCACCCUAGCUGAAGACUGAGUCUGCCCUUUCACUCAUGGGUGAAUGCUCCAAACCACUGCAGUCUGCUUCGAACUUUUAUACAUGAUGCUGAAGCACAGAAUCGAAUGUGACUCUAGAUGCAGCAUUUCUUCCAACUGACUUCCGACGUGCCUAAGUAGCAAAACAUCCAGUACCUCACAAAAUCCAAAUUUAGGCAUUUCUUUUGUGUUUUUCUUUUUAGCUCAAUGACGAUUACAAUCUCAGGUUUUUAUUGCGGUCAGCAAAAAGAGAUUUCUGCAGGUGCACAGUGGAUGACGGAGACACCUAAGAAGACAGAAGUUAGAAGGACUCAUGCGUUGCUCGUUUGCAUGCAGAAGGACGGCUUUUUGAAAGUGGUCUGCAGAGCGUAGGGGUCUCGUUCAAAGACGGCAUUGUGAAGCUGAUUGUAGUGUCUCCCUGUACUGACUUGAUCAGCAAAGGCAGCAUUUAGCAUGAGCUUUGUGAUGAAUAACAGAACCAAUUUCCUGCUUUUGGUUAUUCACGUUUGUUAAUCUUUUUUUUUGUCUGCAUAAUGUAACAUUGCACUAUAACUGUCUGAAUUAUUGUUUUAAUGUAGUCUAACUGUUAGGUGUUUGUUUUAAAAGCACUGGGUAUCAGCUCUGAUUCCAGCAUAUUUCUGCACUUCUGGGUGGGUAGAAGCCAUUAUUUUAACAGGUGUUUGGGAAAUAUUGAGGUCUUCUCUUCUUUAAUGUUUGUAUUCCUUUCCGCUAUUUACUCUCAAAAUAUCUAUCACAGACUGUUUAGUACUUGUACCAUAAGUGCAAGAAACCAGUUCUUUGUGUGAUCAGGAAGAUUAAUUGGGUAAGAACACAGUCUGGGUUGCAAAUAGUACAUAUAUGAAGGUUUGCUAGGGAAACUUUGGUCACAUGACGUUUUUGAGCCAUGAAAAAUAGUUGUUAGACAGGCCACAGUUCAAGGUCUUCUGCAUUUAGAAAUACACUUUCUCAUAUGGAACAGGACAGUUAAUUAAUUAAUGAUUUCAAUAUUUGUGCAGCAAAAUCUUUAGACCGUCCCCAAUUCGUGACUGGGUUCCUUUUCGACAGACAAGCCAUAUGCAUAAAUGGACGAAUGUCGGAACUGGAUAAUCUUUUAGGCUUCAGAAUGGGAGUGGGGGAUGUGUGUGAGGCUGGCAAGGCCGCACUAUACUUUGUCGUGGUAACUAUCGUAUGGGUACAGCAUGUAGUGUGCACUAGGUAGCGUAGUGCUGCUGGGGGAACAGCCGCCCAAAAUGUGUUUUUACAUACAUUCACUUAAUUUUUAAAGUAAAACUUCAGUCAUAUGUGCGACUUGUCGUAAGUCGCAUAGGUUUUAAGUCAGGGACAGCAUAUAUAAAUAUAAUUUUUUUUAAAAGCCUGUGAAAAAAAAACUGGAAACACACUUGCUUUUUCAUAUCAGAGGUAAUGACAUAUACACCCAAGCCAUGGUCACUUUCCCAGGUCGACCAAUCUUUGUGUUGAGCAACACCAGACUGUUGUUAAUUAGCAAUGAUAGUAUGACCACUUGUAGUAUGUGUUUUCUAAGAAUAACAUCACCCAUCUUCCAACCACUCCUGCUGUCCCAGGCAGCACAAGGCCAGGGCUCACCCUGAAUGGGACGCUGAUCCGUCACAGGGCACAAGGCCGGGGCCCGCCCUGAAUGGGACGCUGAUCCGUCACAGGGCACAAGGCCGGGGCCCGCCCUGAAUGGGACGCUGAUCCGUCACAGGGCACAAGGCCGGGGCCCGCCCUGAAUGGGACGCUGAUCCGUCACAGGGCACAAGGCCGGGGCCUGCCCUGAAUGGGACGCUGAUCCGUCACAGGGCACAAGGCCGGGGCCCGCCCUGAAUGGGACGCUGAUCCGUCACAGGGCACAAGGCCGGGCCGCGCCCUGUAUGGGACGCUGAUCUGUCACAGGGCACAAGGCCGUUGCUCGCUCUGAAUGGGACGCUGAUCCGUCAUAAGGCACAAGGCCGUUGCUCGCUCAGAAUGGGAUGCUGAUCCGUCACAGGACACACACACUCUCAGUUGUAGACUUUGGGCAAUUUAAAGACACAGGUUAGACUAUGUGCCUGUUGGCUCAUGGGAGGGAACCCAAGCGAUAUAGGGAGAGCACGCCAACAUCCCUAACCCUGGAGAUGAGGCAAGAGUGCUGUCCGCUGAGCCACUGUGCCACCCUAGGAAUACCAUUAUUUUAUUAUCAUACCUUCACAUAAAGUACGGAGUGAUUAAAACUGCACUGAUCUCACUAGUUACCAUUCAUAGUACUGUAACUACAGCAUGAAACCUUAGAACUAAACCUGCAGGAGGCUUUUCUUGCUAGUAAACAGCCAAAGUCUCCCUUAUGAGAAGCCUUGCUGUUAUCUUGUGAACUGCUCAGCAGGACACAGUUUGGAACCGAUCAGCUGGAUUCUAUGCAGUAUUUGACAGGUUUUUGUAUCUGUCCCCUUCCCCCCUUUUCCUUAAUUUCUUCGGCAAAAAAAUAACAGAGCUGGGAUGCAGUGAGGGAGAGGGCAGCCCAGUUUGCUCAAGUAUGUAUACGGCAGAAAUGGUUUUCUCUACCAGAUUAGAUUUCUCCAGGAAAUUUGACUGUGAACAUCAAGACUAAGGUGAAGUGAUUGGAAGUGGUUAUUUUGAUGUAUAUAUGCAAAAUUAGUGUGGGGUGACCAUGUUGAGAAUGUUGAAGCUUGAUAUACAGUAGUAUAGUUCCUGCCAUUUUUAAAUUUUUUUUUUAGUUCUCAUACUUUUGGGUGGACAGGGGAUUUGCGUCACAUACCCUGUAAACACUGUUCCACAAGAUAUCCAUCUAUGCUGGAGCUGGCAGCCAGGACAUGGUUUUGGUGCAGGAAAACCUUAAGAUGGUGACUGGGUGUUGAAUUUUAGGUCACAGAAGAUGGAUGUGUGCAGAGCAGAGGCCUUGUGAGGUUGUAUAGGUUGAGCAAAGGACAGAGUUCAUCACUUUUGGAAUGUGAGGACCUGUUCACCAAAGUUGUGUGAUGUCUUUCUUGACUUUUCCACACUGUAUACUCUAGCUAUGCUGAUCUCAGGUUCUCGUUGAAAUGCCUGCCUGAAAGACGCAUUUGGAGCAACUAAUAACACUUUUAUUUUUUAAAUAAACCAUUUGAAAUGGAUCAGUAGAUAUAAGUGUAUGACAUUUAGAGGAGGGAACUUGCAGGAAAUACCUUCAGAUGAGCCCUAGAGAUGAUUUUCAAGCCUUUUCCCAUUGCAUGACUCCUCUGUGUCAUUGCCACCUACUGCAUUCUUCACUCCAGAGGUUCUUCAGCUGUGAAGGCUUUGUACGGCUGAUUUUCAGUGGGUGAUAUUUUUCAGGUUCCAAGUGAUGUUAUUUACUAAUGACUUGGGGAAGUUGUUACUGUCCUGUAUCUAACAAGGGUUUGUUGCCUUCAUAAUCUAUAUAAGCCAUUGCCAGGAUAUCGGUAAAUUGUUUGCUGGCAGAAUAGGUCUCGGGGGCAUAAAUCAGAGUGUAUAGGAGGUAACAUCAUUGGUGCUACAGUAUUAACAAAGCCGGGUUAGCAAGCAGUUGUGUGGUUUAUUUAUGGGGGGCCCAGUGACCUUCACUCAGUAAGGAAGGAGUUAGUUUGUCCAGAGCCAUCUGGCAUAAAUAGCGUUUAACCACUUGAGCCAUUCUGAGAAGAGAGGGAUGGGUGGAGCUCCGGCAUGGAGGAUCGGGUGAGGGGUCAAGAGAGCUGAGCUUCAGCUACAUGAUCGACGAGAGCAGAGUGACGUACUGUAGCCCUGGAGAUGGUGAUCUCAGAGCCGUCUGUCCACUCCCAUACCACUUCGGACCUUUCUAGUGCGUUUUAUUCAUGUCGCUUAUAUAUUUCUCAGUUUUUUUUUUCUUUUUUACAAGGCUCUUAAGCUGUGAAAAUAUAUGUGAUAUCACACUUGCAUACACAGAAGCAGAGUUUAUGGUGUGAGAGUUUGAGGUGUUUAUUGCACAGGACUUUGGACAGCUCUGUUUUCUCUGGUAUUUGAUCAGUUCCUAUUUAAUUGUUGCCUGGUUGUCCAAAAGAACAAAAUGUGUCCGCGUGUGUUUUAUCAUUUCAUGAAAGUUGCCAAAAAAGAGUAGUUUGUCACAUUGUAAAAUUAUGGGACAUUAACUGACAGUGCGAUAUUAGUCUUCAAGAUGGUACCUGUGGUAAAGUGUGAGAGAGUGGGGAGUGUAGGUGUGUUGUAAUGGUUGAACAUAGUUAGCUUUUUUUUGGCAGUGUUUAUUUUAAAAUGUUUUAAUAUGAAACUGCAGUAAGCAUAGAUGUAUGCUGUCAAAAAUAAAAUCGGAAACGGUACUCAGUA